CUCCACCUAUAUCGGCAUUAACAGACGGUUUCAAAAUCUCUUUCGUCAGCAUCGUCCUCGUGUGACUUCACCUCAUUUUUCGCUCAGCCGCUUCAGGACAAGCAUCGUUAUUCUUUAAUUUCUAAUUAUUUGACUUAUACUUCUUCAAAAAUGUUCUGGGGUCUGAUUAUUGAGCCGGGCAAGAAGUACUCUCAAACUGUUGAUAACUCUUUCCACAUCUCUAAAGCCACACUAGACUUAAGCUCAGCCACUGAUGAAGAUAUCACCCUUCUGUUGGAUUAUGAGGGCCAACAAGAAUACAUCUUGUGCCACCUCAACAAGACCAACAAGCAAGAAAGUCUUGAUUUAAACUUCCAAGCUGGUGACAGCAUUUCCCUCUUCUCACAUGGUCAAGCAUCGGUCCAUCUAUCCGGAUACCUUUUGGGUGAUGACGAUGAAGAUGAUAUGACUUUGGGUGAGAUGAUGGAAGAGGAGGAGGAAGAAGAGGAUGAAGACGAAGAGAUGGAAGAGAAGGAUCUGCGUGCUACCUUACAAGCCAAGGCUGUUAAACGACCCCAGCCUGAAAAAACCAAUGGCAAAUCUCAAAAGAAGGCAAAAGUUGAAGUUGAAGAGGAAGAGGAUGAGGAAGAAGCUGAAGAAGAAGAAGAAUCUAAGCAGCCUCCAGCUAAGCAGUUGUCCAAGAAACAAAAGAAGAUGCAGAAGAAGGCUCAACAGCAGCAGCAACAGUCUCCAAAACCAGCAGCUCCUCAACCUGAAAAGAAAAAAGAAGGUGCGAAACCUGCUGAUAAGCAGCCAAAAGUAGAAGCACCCAAAUCUCCAGCGAAGAAGACAUUACCGGGAGGUCUAAUCAUCGAAGAUGUGAAAACUGGAAAUGGGCCCGAAUCCAAAAAAGGAGAUAAGGUGGCUGUUUAUUACUGUGGUAAAUUGGCGAAGAACGGAAAGCAAUUCGAUCAGAGUAAUAAGGGUCCGGGAUUCAAAUUCGAACUUGGAAAAGGCCAAGUUAUUAAAGGAUGGGACUUGGGUGUUGCUGGAAUGAAAGUCGGUGGCAAGAGGAAGUUGACGAUUCCCGCCUCAUUGGCUUACGGUGCUGGAGGUGCUCCGCCCCAGAUCCCUCCCAAUAGCACUCUCGUCUUCGAUGUUGAACUGAAGGCACUUAACUAAACGAAUCGGCUAAUCGUACGUUGAAUACUGCUUGCCAUCAUCUGAAUUGAUUUGUUUCUUUCCUUAUCAGAAUUUUGCAUAACUUCAUCGUAU